AUGCUGAAUGAACUCCGGGCAGAAUUCACUCGCUGGCAGAACGAGCACGCUGUAAGGCCUCUUACUGAUCAUACAGCCUCGUUCAUGAGGACACCCUUCACGGCGGAGAUUAUGGCUCAGCCUUACCCGCUCAAUUUGCACAUCCUCGGGAAUAAGGAAUAUGAUGGGCGAACAGACCCAGAAGUUCAUGUCAAUACAUACUAUGGCAACAUGUUGAUGAUGGGCGUAUCUGACGCCGUGAUGUGCAGAGCUUUCUAUUCCACGCUCACUGGUCGAGCGGCGGAAUGUUUGGCUAUGAAGUUCAACCGAAAGUUUGUAACCUCCAAGGUUAUCCAGAAGCCUUACAUGUAUCUCGAGAAGGCUAAACAGUUAGAGGGGGAAAGCUUGACCGAAUUCCUAGUCAAGUGGAAGGCGGCGGUCGGGGAGGUCGAGCCGAUAGACGACUUGACGGCCAUUCACAUGCUGCACAUUUCUCUUCGAGCUGGUUAUUUGUACCAGGAUUUUAUACUCCAUCCGCCUGCUACUUAUGAAGAAGCCCUCCGUAGAGUGACAGACUAUGCCAACGCCGGUGAGGCAAAUGCCGUCAAGAGGUCACAAGAGCUGUUGGAAGAUUUACUUCAGUUCGGAAAGUUGGACAAAUGUUUCGGCAAGAGAGAAGAGAACAAACGAGUGGGCGAGAGAAAAGAUCAUAGGCGAACCCAUCAUCGCUCUGACCGGAAAGAUCAGGAUCGACGAGAUCCCGAUCCACCAUCGAGUAGCCGACCAACAUCCAAACUGGCCAUCCAUGUUAUAUUUGGAGGUUUGGAAGAUGCUUCCCAGGCUCGGGAAAGUUGCCCGGUCGCGAUCGUCGACUCCCGGGAAACCGGUAAGAGGCAGAAGAUGGAGCCAAUUACCUUCUCUCUUGAAGACCAGCCGGAAAGCGGAGACAAUGGGAUGGAAGCUCUUGUUGCCACAAUUGACAUCAUGGGGACCGAUGUCCAGAGAGUGAUGGUGGACACCGGGAGCAGUGUGAACGUCCUUUAUUUGGACGUGUUUGAGAAGCUAAAGUUGGACAAGCGAGAGCUGAUUCCGGUCGGCGUGCCUUUGUCAGGAUUUACCGGGGCUACCAUACGCCCCGAGAGAAAGAUCGUGCUCCUGGUCGAGCUUGGAACCCCACCAAAGCCAGUAAAGACGGAGUUAGAAUUUGUUGUGGUCAACCUCCAUUGCGUCCACAAUGUUAUUUUGGGCCGACCGGCUAUUAUGAGGGUCGGCGGAAUCAUUUCGUUGCCUCAUUUAUGCAUGAAAUUCUCAACCCCGGCCGAUGUCAGAGUUUUACGAGGUGACGUGCAAUCGGCGAGAAAAUGUUAUUCCCGGGCCGUCAAUCGGCGUGAUGCUGGUUCUUCCCGAGUGAACACUAUCGUCAAGGAAGCCGUCAAAGACCGGAAGGAACAACCCGAUCCCUCUGAGGAAAUAGAGGAGGUUCCUUUGUCUGAGGAAUGA